CAAACUGAUUUACCUGAAAACAAAUGAUGAUCGAAUAAUGAAAAGGAAUUUUGAAAAAUUGUUCACGAUUCUAUUGUUUUUUAAGAAGUUUGGUUGAAAGAAUAAAAUCCAAAAAGAAGAAACAUGUCUCAAAACGAUCAUUAUACGAUUGAACGAAAUUCAAGAAAUCGUAAUCGAAAUCGUUUGAAAAAUAGCCAUAUUUAUACGGUUACACCGUUUCCAUCAUCAUCAUUAUCAUCAACAUCAGCAGCAGCAGUAGCAGCAACGAUACCACCGCCACAUGUUCAUUAUCAAUCUAUGAAUCUACCAGGUACAUUGACAUCUACAAUUCAUCAACAACAACAACAACAUCCACAAUUAAUUGAUAUGAACAAUAUUAUAACGGCUGGUGAUCCAAAUCAGAAUACAUUGAUUAUUCCACAACGACAACAAUCGAUACAGGAUUUCAAUCCUAUCGAAUUUAUUGAACAACAAGAACAACAACAACAAUUACGUUGGCAUAAGAAUGAAUUCUGUACACCAUGUAAUUGUAUGUGUUUUUUUAUUGCAUUCAUUUUUCUUGUAACAGCAUUAAUGUCUGGUAUUUAUUAUAAUUUAAAUUUUUUCGAUGGUAAACAUUUAAGAGAACGUGUAUUUAAAGCAAAAUUUGUUGUACGUAAUCAGGAUUUUCUUCUAAGUGAAUUGGAAAAUGUUGAUUCAAAUGAAUUUCGUCAAUUUUCAAAUAUGUUACAAAAACGUAUUGAUAAUCUAUUUCAACAAAGUAUGAUUAGUAGAUCAUUUGUUAAAACAGAAAUAAUUGCAUUUGAACGAAAAAGAAAUUCACCAUCUGAAACAAUUAUACAUUUAAAUGUACAUGUUUCAGCAGAUAAAUCAUCAAAUGUUGAAACAUCAGAUAUUUAUUUAAUACUUGCUGAAGAAAUUGUAAAUAAUCGAUUAAAGAUAUUCGAAAAUUUAAUGGUUGAUCAUAAUUCGAUUGAUGUACAAGAAAGACGUUGGCAUCCAUUUCAUCGGAUUGGUGGAUCCGGCAUAAUGAAUGGUGGUGGUGGUUCUGAAAAAUAUUCUAUGGCUUCUGCAUCGGGAAAUCCAUGGAAUCAUAAAUCAUUGUUUCCCGGUAUGCUUGAAGGUUUACCAACGGAUCCAAUACCACCACCAAGAAAAUGUGGCCGUAUUGAUCUUCAAUAUUGUCGUUUUUUACCAUAUAAUCAAACAUCAUAUCCAAAUUUUUUUAAUCAUUGGAAUUUAAGUUCAAUUGAAGAAGAAUUUAUACAAUUUAAAGAAUUGAUCGAUUCUGAAUGUUAUUCAUUAUCAAAACAUUUUAUUUGUAAUUUAUUACAGCCUGAAUGUAAUGCUAAUAAUAAUGAUGAUAUGAUUAUAUUACCAUGUAGAAAUUUUUGUCAAGAAUUUUUGGAUUCAUGUCAAAAAUGGUUACCUGAAAAAUUAUUGAAAAAAAUUACAUGUUCAAAAUUUCCAAAAAUGAUAAGAAAAUUUUCCAAUGAUAACAGUGUUGGUAUUUUUGGUGAUAAUGAUGAUGAUGAUGAUAGUGAUGGAAACAAUCAAAAUGAAAUCAUCGGUAUUUGGAAUCAUCAACGAAAGAAAAAAUUAUGUCAUAAUAAACCAAAUUGUGCACAACAACUUCGUCUACAAUCACAACAUUAUAAAAUCUGUGACGGUAUAUUUGAUUGUUUAGAUGAAAGUGAUGAAUCAAAUUGUACAUAUUGUUCAACGAAUGAUAAUAAUAUAGAAAAAUUUCAUUGUGGUAAUCGACAAUGUAUAACAAUGAAUCAAACAUGUGACAAUAUACGUGAUUGUCAAAAUGGUGUGGAUGAAAUUAAUUGUCUUCGAUUAAUGGUUACAACACCAUCAUCAAAAUCAAUUCAUACAAAAAAAUUAAUUAAAUGGACAACCAUAUCGAUAAUAAAUGAAGGAUAUUUAGGUGCUAUUUCAAAGGGUAAACAUUCAUUUGUAUGUAGUGAUCAACAACAUUCAACAACAACAACAACAACAACAUUCAAUAUGAAUCAAACUCGAAAUAAUGAUAAUGGUAAUAGUAAUAAUAAUCAUGGUUACUAUAAUUAUGAUAAUCAUACACCAAUAUUAGGACAUAAUAUAUGUGAGGAAAAUUAUUUCGAAAAAUUGAUACAAAUUGAGAGCAAAAUUUUGACACCGUCAUUCAAUUCGGACGAUGAAUCGAUUAAUUUUACACGAUUUGUUCCUGGAACAACGUUACCAUCACCCUAUCCAAUACAAUGUAAAAGUAAACAAGUUUAUUAUAUGCAAUGUUCAAAUGAAAAAUGUGGCAUUAAUCAUAUACCAAUCGAUUCAUUAACCAUUGAUAAAGAUGUUGACAUUAUUGAAACAACAAUCAAUAAUAAUUUAACUGAUGAUGAUGAUGGACUAAAAAAAUCCUAUCCUGGAUAUUGGCCUUGGUAUGCUAAAAUUAACAUUAAUGGACAUUAUUAUUGUGAUGGUACAUUGAUCACAUGGGAUACAAUUAUUGCACAAACAAUAUGUUUUAAUGGACAAAUCGAUCCAAAAUUAAUGAUUAAUAAUAAUAAUAAUAAUAAUAAUAUUACAAUAAUACUUGGUUCAGUUCGUUUAAGUACAAAUAAUAUUGAAUCAAAAGAAUUUCGUGUAAGUUCAAUUCAACAACAAAUUAUUGAUGAUAAUAAUUUAAAUGAAAAACAUCAACAACAACAACAACAACGAAUAACGUUAUUAAAAUUAGAACAACGUAUACAAAUGAAUAAAUUGAAUUUAAUCAGGCCGAUUUGUUUAACAAAAACUUCAUAUUCGACAAGUUCAAAUUGGUGGUGGACAACUUCAAGCAAUGCUGAAAGUUCACAUAAAUGUGUUAUUGUUAAACUAAAUUAUGAACAAGAUAUGUUAAAUCAUCGACCCGUCAAAAUUGUUAAUAUGGAACAAUGUCGAAAAUAUUUAUCAUUAAAAUAUAAUAAUGAUAAUAAUUAUCUAAAUCAUCCAUACGAAUCGUUACAAUCAAACUAUUCAUCUCAACAUUCAUCAUCAUCAUCAUCAUCACCAAUGUCAAUGAAUUUUUCGAAAGAAUUAAAUUUAAAUGAUAAACUAUGUGUCAGAUUUCGACGAAAAAAACAAAAACAACAACAACCAUCAUCAUCAUUAAAAACUGGUAAUUAUCAUCCUGAUGGUGGUGAUGAUUGGCUAAUGAAUAACGAACAACAACAACAAAAUUUUCCAAAUCAUAAUGGUCGUCAUUUAUAUUGUCAAACAAAAAAUCAAUGGAAUCUAUUAGCAUUUGAAUAUUAUAGAAUUUUCAACAACAAACAAAUUGAUAAUGAUAAGAAUUUUAUAUUAUUUCAAAUAAUACCAACUAUUAGAAUAAUAUAAUUAUAUGAUGUGAAUGUUUCUUUUUUUUUCUUUGGCGUUGACCUAAUUCAAUUUAGAUUCAUUCAUUUAUUUUUCUCUGCCAAUAAUGAUGAUGAUGAUAAUAAUAAUGUUAACCAAGGAACCAAGGGGAAAAAACUAUUACAUAUUAAGAUAUUUUCCAUUUGUGUAUUUUCAUUCAUUCGCACACAU